AUGGCACAGUCUACUCCUUUAACAAGGUUGUCAGUGAUGACUGGAAAAAAUAAUCUUUCUGACCUUCAUCUACCGACUAUAACAGACGAUGCUCAAGAUGUUAUUGGUCGAAUUCGAUUACAAAAGAAUGAAAAUCAUACAUCAAGUCAAUGGAUGGAUAAACAGCGAAACAAUUUACGUGCUUAUGAAUACCUUUGUCAUAUAGGUGAAGCGAAAGAAUGGAUAGAGAACUGUUUACAAGAAACAAUUGAUCCAAUCACUAAAUUAGAAGAUUCAAUGAAAGACGGUAUCGUUUUAGCAAAACUAGCAUCUUGGAUUGCUCCUGGCAUUGUUCACAAAAUCAUCAGCGUAAGAAUCAAAAAAAAAUCGGACUAUUAA